AUAAAAACUUAUAAUGAUACAAAAUUAAUUUCCAAAACCCUAGGUUUUCCGGCCAGUUCGAUCAAUCUCCGGCCGCGUGAUCCCUGCCUGAUAGGCAGGGAUCGUGGCCGGUGCGAUUACGUAAUCGAUCACCGGCAAGUUAGUAAGCUACACUGUGAACUUUACUUUGAUGAAAAUGUUAAGAAAGUGUAUGUUAGUGAUAAUUUAUCGUUAAACGGCUUGUUUGUUGAUGGUUUUAGGGUUAGAAAUGAUGAAAGGGAAGAACUGUGUGCAGGUAGUGAGGUUUUGUUUGUUUGUGAAAAUGAAUCGGGGUGUCGGGUUGGGUUUGUAGUUGAGAGGAUUGUGUUUGUUGAGGAAGUUGUUGAUAAAACGAUAGAUUGUUUGGUUUCGGAAAAUGUUAGUAAUGCCGGUUUGCUUUUGAGUAAGUGCAGACGAAUAUUGUGUAGUGAAGAUCCAGUUUUGUGUAUUAGAGAAUGUGUUGGGUUUCCUGAUAGUUUUAAGUUGAGGGCUAAUUGUGCUAGUAGAAAUAGAGUUAGACACAAUUCUUGUUUUAGUUCGGAUGAGUUUUUGUUACAUCCUGAGUGUAGCACUCGUGACGUUCAUUCUCGUGAGGGCUUAGCCGUUGAGAAUGGCGAGCAUAACAAUAAGAGUACUUGGUUGUCUAAUGUGGAACACGUGAAUGUAGAUACGUCUUUUGGACUUAAUUGUAUAGCUUUAGAGUCCAAUUGUAAUAAUAAUAUCGGGCAUUUACCAAGUGCUAGAGUCCCUUUAGGGGAGUGUUUUACUAAAGAUAAAGUUAUUGAUACGUAUACUUGUGAAGAGAAAUUUUUUGAGUCGAAUCAGGUUCCGAAGAAGAGGGGUGUCAGUGUUCCCCCUCCUGGAAAUGGAUUUUAUCUGAACCGUCUUCAUUUUAUGGAUGAUGGUCAAUCGGAUGAGGUUAAUGUCACACUGCCAGAGCUUCUUUAUCCAGUUGAAACCCUUGAAUGGGUUUUCAUUGCAACGUUCACGAGUGAUUUAUCAUGGUUUCUAUCUUACUGUGAGAUUCCUGCCCAUUUAGCAAUAUCAAUUGCUUGCCAUAAUACCGAUAGAUGUUGGAGUUCUAGCCCUGAGAAAAGAACUCUAAGGCCUUACUCAGAUUUUCCGAACUUAGUUGUUAUAUACCCUCAAUUUCCUGAGGUUAUAUCUUUUGGUAAGGAGCGGAAGAAAUUUGGCAUUGCUUGUCAUCAUCCUAAAUUGUUUGUCCUGCAAAGAAAUGAUUAUAUCCGUGUAAUCAUUACUUCUGCCAAUCUUGUGGCCAAACAGUGGCUACGCGUGACGAAUACUGUUUGGUGGCAAGAUUUUCCUCGUGGGAGCGAGCCUGAUUACAUGUCUCUUUUUGCCCAAUUUUCUGCGGAAGAAGUAAAUCUAGAUUCAAAAUCUGAUUUUGCUUCUCAACUUGCGGGUUUCAUGGCCACUUUAUUAGUUGGUGCUCCUGAUCAGGCUCAAUGGAUACUCGAGUUGGCAAAUUUUGACUUUAGCAACGCUACUGGACAUCUGGUUGCUUCUGUACCUGGGAUUUAUUCUCCCAAGCAUCCAUACAUACCAGAAUCCCUUCAUUAUUUAAUUGGUGAUGAUUGUAUGCUGCGACCUCUAAGAUGUACAUUAGUUGGCUCUGCUGAAGCUUCUGUUGUCGGAAUUAGUCACCUUUAUCGAACCUCGGCAGAUUUAAAUGGAUCAUUGUUAAAAAAGUUGGCCUAUGUUAUUGGAAAGUGUCAGGUGAAUGCAUACGGGUUGGCGGAGGUCAUAUUAAGGAGACAUGUGAAUAUAGCAGCUGAUGCAAAUGCUGUAAGUGUAGCUAUAUCCAAGUCAGGAGAACGCUGCAAGGGAGGUUGCGUCCAACUUGGCUUUCUACCUAGAGAUGUUGCAAAAUGGGUUGCUCCAUUAUCAGAUGGGGGUUGGUUUGCCUUUUCUGCAUAUAUAUAUCCAAAAGAAGUGCUUGCUUGUGCUAUGGAAGGAAGCAACAACAAAGUACACUUAAUUUUGUAUGUGUAUCAGGGACCUAAUUUUGUGAACAUAUCAAAACUUGGCUCACCAUCUGUUGUCUCUGCCGUGUGCUCGCUGGUUGCAUCAGUUCAGAGGUAUUCUGGCCUGUGGCGACUUCAUGAGAUUUUGGGUCACUACAAAUGGCCUGAGCACUGGGAAACCGACUUUACUUUUGGUUCUUCCUCUGUAGGGGCUGUCAAUGCACCAUUUUUAGCUGCAUUUUCGGCUGCAACUGGAAAGCGGUCCUUGCAGUUCUCUGAAUCAGAAGAGUCUGAUCCAGAUUGGGGCUGCUGGAGUGCUAGUCAAGAGUUGAGAAAUCCAUCUAUUAGAAUCAUCUUUCCCACUAUCGAGAGAGUCAAAACUGCAAGUUGUGGAAUCUUGGCUUCAAAAUACAUCCUCUGUUUUUCUCAGAAAACUUGGCUGAGGUUGAAACAUUUGCGCAUACUUUAUGAUGCGGUUCCUCGUUCUGCCGAUAGAGUCGGGCAUCCUAUGCAUGUUAAGGUAGCAAGAAGACGGUUCCAAUCCAGGACAGAUACGUCAUCAUUUGGAUGGGUUUAUUGUGGCUCACACAAUUUCAGUGCGGCUGCUUGGGGCCGUCCAAUUCACACUUCGCUUGCUUCCAAGUCAACCGGAGAGUCGAGAAGUAAAUCUGUAUUAGGGUCGAGACUCCACAUCUGUAAUUAUGAAUUUGGUAUUGUCUUCAUUGUCCCCCCAUCAGAUAGAAAUAAUUGCACCAACAAAAAACAUUCAAAUUUGGACGAUAUUACUUUGCCAUUCGUUGUGCCUGCCCCUAGAUACAGAUCCAUGGACACACCUGCAACAAAGUUUGGUAUGAGCAAGGCGUUUAUGGAACUUACCGAGCAAGAAAGAGCGAAAAAUGUAGAGCCAAUGGAUGCUGAAGAAGAGAUACCGGAUGAGGAGGAAGAAGUAUUAGAAGUGCCAGAUGUCAUCAUUGAGAAGGAAGAUGAGAAGGCAUAUGCUGAUAAACUUUGGGGUUCAAGCUAAGUAUGUUAAAGAGCGUUUGAGUAAGGGGUGGUCAUUAUUCGGGUCUAUCAAUAUUAUGAUAGCUAAAACCGUUUCUCAUUUGAGUUUUCAGAUAAUGACAAGGUCUUAAACAUGUGAUCAUGCAUGGAAAAGAGAGCUUUUAGUUACCGAUUUUUCUGUUCCCGCCUUGAUUCAAGGGUGUGAUUCUUGAACAGCGAUCUAAGGGAGAAAAUACUCAGGCUCCUAAAGUCCUUGCUAUCCUCCCCCC